AUGCGGUCGCUUCUCACUCGCCGUGUGCGUCUCCACGCGCACUUGAGCCGCUGCCCGCCUGGCAGCAGCAUUGCCAGCGUCUCCUCUACGUCUGUACCCAAGGACAGCGAUGCACCGCUCAGCGGAUCAAAAGUUCUGUCGCCAAACGCGAUCCAACUCACUGCCGCCGAGGACUCGCUCUUCUCCUUCCUCGAGUACAUCCAGACGCUGUACACGCCGUCGACGCGGUUGCGCGUGGCUGGAGGCUGGGUGCGCGACAAGCUGCGUGGCGCUCAGAGCGAGGACAUUGACAUUGCGCUGGACAACAUGAUGGGCGCCAAGUUCGCCCGGUACAUCACGAAAUUCCAGCGGGACCGCAACCUGCCGCCGAGCUCCGUGGGGGUCGUCAAAGCCAAUUCGGACAAGUCUAAGCACCUGGAGGUGGCCACCGUGACGAUCGAGAGCAGCACCGUGGACUUGGUGCACCUCCGCGCGGAGGAGUACACGCAGGACAGUCGCGUGCCCGACGUCAGGUUCGCCACGCCCGAGGAUGAUGCGAGUCGAAGAGACUUGACGAUCAACGCGCUGUUCUACAACCUGCACACGCGAGAGGUUGAGGAUUUCACGGGGAAGGGCGUUGAAGACUUGAAGGCGGGCGUGAUUCGCACGCCGAAGGAGCCCGUGCAGACGUUUCUGGACGAUCCGUUGAGGGUGCUGCGGGCGCUGAGGUUCGCGUGCGAGUUCGGCUUUGAAUUGGAUCCGGCGUUGAAAAGAGCCGUGCUGGAGCAGAGGGAGAUCGUUGGCGCGAUGAGGAGGAAGGUCAGCCGCGAACGGAUUGGAAUCGAGGUGCGCAAGAUGCUCUCGGGCAAGGACCCAGCUCGCGCGUUCGGAUUCUUGAGGCAGUUCGAUCUUUUAGAGCUGGUGUUUAACGACACUGCGGGUAAGAUGGGCGAGGGAGAAGGCUUCGAGGAGGCUGAAGACAACGGAUUCAAGUAUCCUCCCCGCGAAUGGACCGAGCUUAUUGAGACGCGCGCGUAUCACUAUCUCAACUACCUGCAGCAGAGUCGACUUGCGCUGGCGAGUUGCGAGAUAUCGAAUGUGGAGGCCACAGCAGCUAUCUUCACGCCACUUUUCCUGCACGAGCUGCCGGUGGUUGUACCUGACGAUCACUCGAGUCUGAGCCCGCCUGCCGAAAACGAGUUCGACGGCGUCACAGAGCAGGAAAUUGUUGAAAGCUCGCUCGAGUUCCUUGAUCGACGGGAGAAAAUCUUAGCUGCUCUGGACUUUAGUGAGAUCGUGGAGAUGCUCAAGGUGCACGUCAAGUGGCCCAAGCCUGCAGGCAAGCGCGUGGCGCUGAUUAUUGAAGCCAUCGCAACGUAUCCUGAAGCUCAGCAAGAACUCAAGGACACUGCUGACGUUCAACACGCGAGCGCUAAGCACCGCCUGAAGCGCUUCAUGUGGAUGACGCAGUACUACUCCGUCAUCGCCCCCGCAAUGACCAUCUUGACAGCGACCCGCAGCUUGGAUUGCCAAGACGCACAAGAACAGAUGGCAGAGGAGCAGGAAGCGAUGCUGAAGACGUUCCUCGACUUCGCGCAUUCGUAUGCAAAGGGCGACAACAACGAGCGAGUGGACAACCCAGGCCGUUGUCGACGUGUAGACGGAAAGGUCGUGCAGACGCAGCUGGGACCUGGUGCCAGGAAAGAUAUCGCCCAAGCGCUGCGUGUGCUCCAGGUGUGGGAAAAGGUUCAUCCUAGUGGGAGCUUGGAGGAGGAGCUGGCGUUCCUUGAUCGACUUGCUUCGAAGCUAUAA